AUGCUGUCCGGGCCGCCGAGCUUCCGGGCGCGCUCGCCGAAAGGCGCGCUGCGUAUCGAAGACGAGGAGCAGGAUGCAUUUCUUGGCGAUCACGACGCGGACUCGUACGAGCAGGCGAAGCGCGCGAGUGUGCCGUGGCGCCCGUGGGCGUGGCUGAGCCGCUGGCGGACGCCGCGUGCGGCGACGAGCAACCGCAGCGUACCUUUUGACGAAGGCGAGAGCGGGCGCGGCCGCUAUCCGCCGAACAUUGUGUGCAACCAAAAGUACAAUAUGGUGACCUUUCUGCCGCUUGUGCUGUAUGAGCAGUUCAAGUUCUUCUUCAAUCUCUACUUUUUGCUCGUGGCGCUCUCCCAGUUUAUUCCCGCGCUCAAGAUUGGGUUCCUGGCGACGUACAUUGCGCCGCUCUCUUUCGUGCUGUGCGUGACGAUCGGCAAGGAGGCGUUCGACGACUAUGAGCGCCACAAGCGCGACGUCGAGUCAAACAGCAUGCCCUAUACCGUGUUGAUGGACUCGCUGGCGCGCUCGCCGGUGCGCACGCAGCACGAGACGCACAUUACUGGGCGCACGCUCGUCGCACAGGUGCCGUCGAGCAAGCUGCGCGUCGGCGACUUGGUUCUGUUGCACAAGAACCAGCGCGUGCCGGCCGAUAUGGUGCUGCUCAAGACGUACGCCGCGGACGCUUCGGACGAAACGGCCAACGAGCCGACGCAGUUCCUCAUCGACGAUCCCCACGGCGACGACGUGCGCACCGAGGGCGUCGAAGAGUCCGACGAAGGCGGAACGUGCUUCAUUCGCACGGAUCAGCUCGACGGCGAGACAGACUGGAAGCUGCGCAUCGCCGUGCCCAACACGCAGAGCAUGUCCGAAGACGAGCUUACGCACCUCGGCGGCCGUGCCGUGGUCGUCGCGGGGCCCCCGUCCAAGGACCUGCACUCGUUCGUCGGCACGCUCACCAUCCACCCGGCGGAGGACACGCCGCUGGGAGGCGACUGGCCGGGCGCGGAUGUACAGCUCGCGCAGCAGCCGCAGGUCGCGCCGCUCACCACAGACAAUGUCCUGUGGGCCAACACAGUGCUGGCGGCCGGCCGCGCGAUCGGAUUCGUGGUGUAUACCGGCCGCGAGACACGCUCGGUGAUGAACACGAGCCAUCCCCAGACCAAGGUUGGCCUGCUCGACCUCGAGAUCAACCGCCUGUCCAAGAUUCUGUGUAUCGUGACGCUCUCGCUCUCGAUCACGCUCGUGGCGCUGAACGGCUUCCGCGGCAAGUGGUGGGUAUACAUCUUCCGCUUCCUUAUCCUCUUUUCGUCGAUUAUUCCCAUCUCGCUGCGUGUCAAUCUCGACAUGGGCAAGACGGUGUACGCGCGCCAGAUCCAGGGGGACAAGGACAUUCCAGACACGAUCGUGCGCACGAGCACGCUGCCGGAAGAGCUGGGGCGUGUCGAGUACCUGCUCAGCGACAAGACGGGCACGCUCACGCAGAACGAGAUGGAGGUCAAGCGCCUGCACAUGGGCACGAUGAGCUACGGAUGGGAUAGUAUGGACGAGAUCCGCACACAGCUCGCUGUCGCUCUCGGCCAGCACGAAGCGCCGCCCAAGGCGCGCGGCGGCCGCGCGUGGCGCGAUAUGAGCGCGCGGGUCUACGACGUGGUGAUUGCACUCGCACUCUGCCACAAUGUAACGCCGGUCGUUGACGAGGAUGGGAGUGUGACCUACCAGGCGAGCAGCCCGGAUGAGGUGGCGAUCGUCAACUGGACCGAGUCGGUGGGCCUCAAGCUCGUCGCCCGCGACCAGCACUCGAUCCAGCUCCUCUCGCCAGACCACGGCACGCUUGCAUUUGAUAUCCUGGAAAUCUUUCCGUUCACGUCCGAGCGCAAGCGCAUGGGCAUUGUCGUGCGCGACCGCAACUCGGGCGAAGUGACGUUUUACCUCAAGGGUGCCGACGUCGUAAUGAGCCGCAUCGUCACACAGAAUGACUGGCUCGAAGAGGAGUGCGGCAACAUGGCACGCGAGGGUCUGCGCACCCUCGUCGUGGCGCGCCUGCGCCUAAGCAAGGAGAGCUGGCGUCUGUUUGAGCGUGCGUUCGGCCAGGCGCGCGUCCGUGUCGACCACCGCGACGAGGCGAUGGCUGCCGUCGUGGCCGAGCACCUCGAGCAGAACAUGGAGCUACUGGGAUUGACGGGUGUCGAAGACAAGCUCCAGGAGGGCGUCAAGACCACACUCGAGCUCCUGCGCAAUGCCAAUAUCAAGAUUUGGAUGCUUACAGGUGACAAGAUCGAGACGGCGACCUGCAUUGCAAUUUCGACCAAGCUCGUGGCUCGCAACCAGUACAUCCACCAGGUCUCCAAGGUGUCGACGAUGGCGGCGGCGCGCGAUACCCUGGUCUUUUUGCAAUCCAAGCUGGACUGCUGCUUGGUGAUCGAUGGCGACUCGCUCCAGUUUUUCUUUGAUCACUUCAAGACGGAGUUUAUCGAGCUUGCGACGCAGCUCUCGGUGGUCGUCGCCUGCCGCUGCUCGCCGACGCAAAAGGCAGACGUCACUCGGCUCAUCCGCGAAUAUACCAAGCGCCGCGUGUGCUGCAUCGGCGACGGUGGCAACGACGUGUCAAUGAUCCAGGCCGCAAAUAUCGGCAUCGGUAUCGUGGGCAAGGAAGGUCGCCAGGCGUCGCUCGCGGCCGAUUUCUCCGUGACCCAGUUUAGCUACUUGAGCAAGCUGCUCCUGUGGCACGGCCGCAACUCGUACCAGCGCAGCGCCAAGCUCGCACAGUUUGUCAUCCACCGUGGCUUGAUCAUCUCCAUCAUCCAGGCCGUUUUCUCGUCCAUCUUCUUCUUUGCACCGAUCGCAUUGUACCAGGGCUGGCUAAUGGUUGGCUAUGCCACCGUGUAUACCAUGGCACCCGUCUUCUCUUUGGUGCUGGAUCGCGACGUGAGCGAGCACACAGCCAUGCUUUACCCGGAGCUGUACAAGGACCUAACCAAGGGCCGCAGCUUGAGUGGCAAGACUUUUACAACGUGGCUCAUGAUCAGUGUGUACCAGGGCGGUGCCAUCAUGAUUGCCAGUCUGAUGCUCUUUGAGAACGAGUUCCUGAACAUUGUCGGCAUCUCCUUCACGGCGCUCGUCUUGAACGAGCUGAUCAUGGUCGCCUUGGAAAUCACGACGUGGCACGUGUACAUGGUCUUGUCCGAGAUCGUGACGCUCGUUCUUUACUGCUUCAGCAUGGUCCUUCUGCCAGAGUACUUUGACUUGGACUUUGUCCUGACCUACAACUUUGUGUGGAGAACCGCGAUCAUUGUGCUGGUCAGCAGCUUCCCGCUCUACCUGAUCAAGGCUGUGCGCGCACGACUCGCACCCCCGAGCUAUAGUAAACUGGCAAUGGUGUAA